AGCGAGAGGGGGACAGAGAGAUUAGUCCCAGACCGGAGAAGAAGAAAUAGGAGGAGAGAUCUAAGAUCCAGGCUCAGCUGAAUUGAUUCAGUCGAUUCCAUUUCGUGUACUUACAUAUUGGGAGACGAUGGGGUCGGCGACGGUGUUGGCGCCGGGACUGUCUCGGAAGCUGAAGAAGGUGCUGGAGACGCGGACGGAGACCGGAGAUCUGGUGGCGUCGCUCGCCACUCUCUCCACCUUCUACACCGAGAACAGCCCCCACGCACGCCGUGACCUCCGCUCCACCAUCGAGAAGCGGUCUCUCUCCAUCAACCACGAGUUCCUUCAAGCCUCCGACGCCGCCCAACAGGCUUUGGAUCGUGUCGAGGAGGAGGUCAAUGCGCUGGCCGAAUGCUGUGACAAGAUUGCAAAGGCUCUUAACAGUUGUAAUGCUACCACUGGAGAUAUAAUCAGUACCACAGAGAGGCUCAAGCAGGAAUUUGAAGUAACAACACAGAGACAGGAGAUUGUCUCAUGCUUCCUUCGUGACUAUCAGCUUUCUAAUGAAGAGAUAAAUGCACUCAGGGAGGAAGACCUCAAUGAAAACUUUUUCAAGGCACUUUCUCAUGUCCAAGAAAUUCAUGCCAACUGCAAAGUAUUGCUUCGGACUCAUCAUCAGCGUGCAGGUUUGGAGCUCAUGGACAUGAUGGCUGUGUACCAAGAAGGAGCAUAUGAACGCCUGUGCAGGUGGGUUCAGGCAGAGUGUAGGAGGCUGAAUGACACUGAUAAUCCUGAAGUUGGUGAACUUUUGAAAACAGCAGUUCGUUGCCUCAAAGAAAGGCCUGUUCUUUUUAAGUAUUGUGCAGAAGAGGUAGCAAAUAUGAGGCAUAAUGCAUUAUUCAGAAGGUUUAUAAGUGCUCUUACUCGUGGAGGACCUGGUGGACUUCCCAGACCCAUUGAAGUACAUGCACAUGAUCCCUUGCGUUAUAUAGGUGACAUGUUGGGGUGGCUGCAUCAGGCCUUGGCAUCAGAAAGAGAACUUGUCCUUGGUUUACUAGAUCCAGACGCAGUGGUUGAUACGGGCCCAACUGCACGCCGAUUCUCCAAAGGCUUAGAGAAUGAUUCGGGAAAGACUGAUACUGACUUGACAUUUGUUCUAGACAGGAUUUUUGAAGGUGUUUGCCGACCAUUUAAAAUUAGAGUUGAACAAGUUCUGCAAUCUCAACCGAGCAUUAUAAUAUCCUACAAACUUAGUAAUACCCUGGAGUUUUACAGCUACACUAUAUCAGAUUUGUUGGGGCGAGAAACAGCCUUAUCAAACACACUUUGGGCACUCAAGGAUGCUGCUCAGAAAACAUUUUUCGACAUUCUGAAGACUAGAGGAGAGAAGCUUUUACGUUAUCCUCCCCUUGUGGCCGUUGACCUUUCCCCGCCACCUGCGGUGAGGGAAGGAGUCUCAGUGUUGCUUGAAAUCAUUGAGAUACAUGAUAGCAUGAUGGUUCCCUUGUCGGGAAAGAAGCCCACUUUUGAUCCAGUAAUAUCUGCCUUACUAGAUCCUAUUAUUCAGAUGUGUGAACAAGCAGCAGAGGCGCACAAAUCCAAAGGAUCCCUUCAUUUAUCUAGGAGAGGUAAAACAAGUUCUGAUCCAAGCCAAUUCAGCAAAUCAUCUGUUGAUGCAAUUUUGACAAAUAGUAGUUCUAUAGCUGCUGCAUCUCAGGCUAGCGAAACACUGUCAAAGAUCUUCCUUAUCAACUGCUUGUGUGCCAUCGAACAACCCUUACUAGGCCACGAGGUUGCAUCCGAAUACGUGAAAAAGCUUCAAACAAUGAUCGAUAAUCACAUGAACAGCCUUGUGGAGAAAGAAGUCCAUGCCAUUCUGAGAAGAUGCGGCUUGUUGAACAAGAUGCCCCAGUUCCGUGAUUCGCUGAACCGGGAAGAAACUCCAUUAGCAGAUAUGGAUGACACAUCUCCGGCCUCUCUUGCCGAGUGCCUGAAGGCGUUCUUUGGGCUUAUUUUAGGCAGCGAAACGUCCCUGCCGGAGUUUGAGCAGAUGCAGGUACCACGGCUGCGCUCCGAGGCUUGUAUCAAACUGGCCAGAUCACUGGCUGAAGCUUAUGAACUUAUUUACAAGGCGAUCAUGGAUCCGAAGAAUCGGUACCCGGAUCCCAAGUCUCUGGCCAGGCAUCCCCCGGAUCAGAUCAGGACCAUUUUAGGAAUUUGAAACUCUUCAUGUAAACAAUCUUUCCCUAUAAACUAAACUUGUGGGUGGAAAAAGAGACAGAUAUAAACUCAAUUUGUUGUACGUUGGCAGCGCAUUUUUUCUGGGUAUGUUCUGGCCAUAGAUAGGAAUAAUUGACAAGUUAAAAUUCAUGUAUCAUUUAGGCUUCGUUUAGUCAUGCGGUUUAACUAUUUUUAAGCUGUAUUAACAGUUUAUAAGCUAUUAAAAAAAGUUAUUAGAGUGUUUGGAUGCA